AUAUAUACCGGGCCCAAAGCCAAAAGUCACUUAGUUUUCGAAUCGAAUCGCUGGCCGAGUGGCGUGCGAAAUACUAAUUCUAGUCCAAGGUUCGCGAUCGAACCCUUGAAAACAGGAAGAAUGUUUGCCCUGCGAGUGGCAGUUCUCCUGCUGGCCUGCGUGUCCUUGGCCUCGGCAGGCACCCGGCAACUGGCCGUGGAUGUCCAGCCGCCGGCGACGUUGGCCACCGAGCUAGCGGAUUACCGCCUGGCCGAGCACAUCACACCGGUUAACUACAACAUUACGCUGCGACCCUAUUUGCUGGAGACCGAUGGCAACAAGAGGUACACCUUCGAUGGCGAGGUGUGGAUCGAGGUGAUUGCCAACCAGACCACCAAUGACAUCUAUCUGCACACGAAAAACCUCACCUAUUCGGUCAGGGAGUACUGGCAGAAGCCAACGACCGGCGUGGCCAAUCCCACGGUCAUUCAAUUCAGUGCCACCAACACAACGAACUAUGAUACGGAUAUUGUGAAGCUUACGGCAUCGACGGCGUUGACCGCCAAUACGGCAUACAUUCUGCAUUUCGUGUACACCGGUCUGAUGGAGGACGAUAUGCACGGUUUCUAUCGCAGCUCCUAUGUGGACGACAACAAUGUGACCAAGUGGCUGGGAUCCACCCAGUUCCAGACCCACCACGCUCGUCGCGCCUUCCCCAGCUUCGAUGAGCCCCAGUUCAAGGCCACCUUCGAUGUCACGCUGAAGCGCCACAGGACCUGCAACUCGGCCAGUAACACCCGUCUGAUCUCAUCGAAUCCCACCACUGAAGAGGGAUAUUUCGCGGACGUUUACAAGACGACGCCCAAAAUGUCCACCUAUCUCCUGGCAUUCAUCAUUUCCGAGUUUGUGGCCCGUAAGGAUGACGAUUUCGGAGUUUAUGCUCGUCCCGAGUACUAUGCACAGACCCAGUACCCCUACAAUGUGGGCAUACAGAUUUUGGAGGAGAUGGGCAAGUACCUGGACAAGGACUACUAUUCCAUGGGCAACGACAAGAUGGAUAUGGCCGCCAUACCUGAUUUCUCGGCCGGAGCCAUGGAGAACUGGGGUCUGUUGACCUACAGGGAGCGUUCCCUGCUGGUGGAUGAGUCCGCGACUACGCUGGCCUCCCGCCAGUCCAUCGCCGCCGUGGUGGCCCACGAACAGGCGCACAUGUGGUUCGGCGAUCUGGUCACCUGCAAGUGGUGGAGCUACACGUGGCUGAACGAGGGAUUCGCUCGCUACUUCCAGUACUUCGGCACCGCCAUGGUCGAGGACAAAUGGGAGCUGGAGAAGCAGUUUGUGGUCGAUCAGGUGCAGUCGGUCAUGGCCAUGGACUCGACCAAUUCCACCAAUCCGCUGAGCGAUGAGAACACCUACACGCCCGCCCAUCUGAGCCGCAUGUUCAACAGCAUCUCGUACAACAAGGGUGCCACCUUCAUCCGUAUGAUCAAGCACACCAUGGGCGAGACUCAAUUCCAGAAGGCUCUGCAGGAAUACCUAAAGAAAUACGAAUACCAGGCGUCGUUGCCCAAAUAUCUUUUGGGUGCCUGGCAGGCGCAAUGGCCCAACUCCAGCUACAAUGCCAGCUCCGAGGAUAUAUUCAAGAGCUUCACCGAGCAGGUGGGCUACCCAGUAAUCAAUGUAAAUGUUAGCGACAAACAGGUCACCUUCAGCCAGAAGCGUUUCCUGCUGAAGGAGAACGACGGAUCCAACGCAUCCUUGACAUAUACUGUGCCCAUUUCCUACACCACCAAUGUGGAGAAUAACUUUAACAACGCCACGCCAAAGUUUAUCCUGAAAGCCAACGAAAACAAGACUGAAACCCUCAACGCAACAGUGCAAUGGUUGGUGGCCAAUAUUCAGCAGACCGGAUAUUACCGCAUCAACUACUCGGUGGACAAUUGGCAUGCCAUCCAUCAGGCUCUGAUCACCGCCAACUGGGGAGGAAUUCACGAGAACAAUCGCGCCCAGAUCGUGGAUGAUCUGUUCAACUUGGCCAGAGCUGGUUAUGUUACGUACAACCUUACCCUGGACGUGAUUGAGUACUUGGAGACGGAGACCAACUACAUACCCUGGACAUCGGCCUUCAACGGCUUCAACUACUUGACCAUCCGUCUCGGCAACGAUACGGCUGAUUUCAAUUACUAUAUUCAGACCCUGACCAGCAAGGCCUACAAUCAGCUCGGCUUCAAUGAGGCAUCCAAUGAUACUGCUUUGAAUAUCUAUCUGCGCACCAAGAUCCUCUCCUGGGCCUGUCGCUAUGGCAGCUCCGAUUGCAUCAGCAAGGCACAGGGCUACUUCCAAUCGCUGACCACCGUGCCCAAGAACAUCCGCGCCACCGUCUACUGUGUGGGUCUGCGUGAGGGUGGUGAGACCGAGUUCCAGGCUCUGUACAACAAGUUCAAGAACGAGACCGUGGCCACCGAGGAGACUCUGCUCCAGAACUCCUUCGGUUGCGUGAAGACACAGGCUCUGAUCGAGAAGGUGUUCGAUUUGAUCAUCAGCGAUGAGAUCCGGCGACAGGACAAGUCCUCCGUGCUGGCCACUCUCUACACCGAGAACAACGAGAAUGUUAGUCCGGUGUUCGCACUGGUCACUCAGAAAUACGAGGCAUUGGCUGAGGCCAUGGGCGGCUAUUCCGCGGUGGCCACUGUGAUUUCCAACAUCGCCGCCCGUUUCACCACCCAACAGCAGUUGACCGAUCUGGAGAACUUCAACAAGGCAAAUGGCGCCAAGUUCGGCACCUCGCAGGCCACUUUGACUGCCGCCGAGGCAACCGUUAAGGAGAAUUUGGAUUGGGCAACGGCCAAACUGGGCGUUUUCCGCAGCUACUUGAGCAACUAUCGCAGUGGUAGCGCCAUGGUCAACGCCUUCAGUGCCCUCAGCCUUCUGAUGGUGGCUCUGGUCACCAUGCUGCGCAACUAAGCAGGAAGCAGAGAGCAGGGAGCAGGGAUCAGGGAUUAGCGAUCGGGUCACGAGUACUCCUAAGGCCAUAAAGUAUUUGUACGCAGAGGAAAACGCACCCAAUAAAGUAAACCCCAUUUUGUAGAUAA